UCUCCAUUUCAGAUCAUAUGACGGGUCUGGACACGUUCAACUACUUUCUGCAAGAGCACCCGGAAACAUCCAUUUACAUGAGCAAGCUGACGAGAGACUUACUAUUGAAGAUACCCGGUGAAAACACGUGGAAGUACGAUUUCCUGCGUGAAAAUAUUCGAGUGAUGACGUUCAAUCGGCCCGAAGUCGUCCAUCUGGACGCGGGACGAUCAGUUUCCGUGGAAAUCCUUCCUUCUGGUCAUUGUCCUGGAGCUGUGAUGUUUCUUUUCCAAGAGGAUGAUGUUCGAGUGUUGUAUACGGGUGAUAUUCGUUUGAAUUUGGAUCAACUUCGGAGCAUGCGUUCCUUGCACCGAGAAAGUGGCGAAGUGUUGCCGCUGCGUGCAUUGCACAUUGACACGACUUUUUGCUACGAGCGAAUGCGCUACUUUCCGGACAGGAAGUUGUCGGCGGAAGCGUUGAAGGAAUUUGUUAUUACGUGGUUGAAGAACGACGUCAGGAACGAGAUUUUGUUCAAAACAUCCGCCAGAGUUGGUCAUGAAUACUUGAUGGUGGAGUUGUCACAAGCUUUGAAAGUGGCCGGCUUGAAUCACAUGUACCAUGUGAAUAGAGCCAAGUUUGAGCUGUAUCAGUGCAUUCCGGAAAUCGCUGGGUUAGUCACGACGAAAAGCGGAAAUGCUAGAAUGCAUCUGUCGUGUCCCUGUUGGAUGAAACAGGAUUUCCUUAGGAUAAUCAAACCCUCUACUUGGGUUUUCACUUUGGGUGUAGCAGGAGCUGAAAGAUCGAUAAUCGAAGAAACUAAAUCGGGCUGGGUCAAACUGUUUUUCUCGAUGCAUUCUUCCGGUGAAGAGAUCGCCGAGAUGAUUUGUCAUUUGAGACCCGCCAAUGUUUACGCCAACGUCCUUCCAGAGAACGGUGCCGAUGAAAUAAAUCAACUCUUGGAUAAAAUACGAUAUCAGUUGAAGGCUCCUGUUCGUCGAAGCAACUCGUCGGAUGUUGCUUGGAGUUCGAGAUGCUGGGACAUCUCCAAGUUUUUCGGGGAAGGGCUUAAAUGUAGCUUAGAAAGUUCUAAGUCGUCGGAUUCCUCGCAUUCUGAACUUGUGGACGAAACCCGUCCUUUGAGUAAUCGAAACAGGAAGCGAGCUACUUCCGGUGAGAUGCAGCGGAAACCCGCGGGAAGUUGGGAGACUGGCAAGUCGAACUCUGCCCCAGUUUGCGAUGAACUCGAUCUUUUCCCUCGCGAACAAAGCGUUGGACGAGUGGAAUCUGAAGAAAUGUUGCUGAUUUCGGAGAGUGGCUCAGAAAUUUCCAAUAACAAGCUCCUCAUCUCGUCAGACGAGAACAAUUCUUCUUCCCCAAUGGAAGUGAUUUCCUGUGUUGAACACGGGGAAGAAAUUUUGAAUGCUGAAAUUCCGAAAAAGAGGAAGAUCGACGUCAAACAGCGCAUUGCCAACAUGUACGCGGCAUUAUGUGACUUCAGAUCGGAAACUAACUCGGGAGAAAGUGACAGUGAUGUGGAAAUAUUGCAUCAAUCAUCCUCAGUAGAGGAAGUGAUCUUGCUAAGUAGCAGUGAGGAAGGAAUUUAAGUGAUUCGAAGGCUGUGAUACAGUACAGAAUUUGAUUCAGGGAAGGGUCUUCCAAAAAUUUGGAUAAGUUAGAGAAAUAAUGUUCUACAUGUGCUUAAUUCUUCGCAUGAGUGAUAUUUUUUUCUGUUCGUUGGAAUCUGAAAGCUUUUUUUUUUCCUUUUUCAUAUCAAUGAGCGCUUCGUUUGAAAAUUUUGGAUUUUUUAGUGAUACCGUAUUUAUUCGAAUACCACGCGCACUGGGAUUUUUCAUUCGAAAAAUUUUAUAAAAUCGUAUCCCGGGGUGAAGACGCUCGUCCCAAUUUUUAGUUACUCUAAAACCGCAAUAUUUCAGAAAUAAGGAAACCCCAGCUGUGAAUUUAGACACGAAUCGAAGCGAAAUUCAAGUGAAAAUCAAUUUUUUCUGUAAGAAGUUUUUCUGCUGAAUAUGGUCCAGAAUUGCCUACUGGAAUCAAAUAUAAUGCACACCUGCAUUUCUAAAACUUUUUCAAAAUUUGUACCUGCCUGUGACGCGCAUCGCGCAUUUUCCCUCUCAAAUUUAAAAAGUUUGUGCGGUAAUCGAGGUAGAUUCGGAUUUAAUGUUUCUUUUUUAAAGAAAUUUACGGUGCCUUUCUUUUUUUUGAAGCUUUGGAAAUGUAGAAACGUCAAUCGAACGAAUAUGGAUGGCAGAUUUUUGUUGCUUAUAACUGGUUUACCGAGAUUUCUUAAUAGUGUGAGAAAGCGGAAUUUUCCAGUGUAUUCUGACGCAAGGGAAAUUAUUACGUGAACGGCUUUCGCCAUGUCCGGUGAGCUGUGAGUCACGUCACCGCAGGCUUUAAUUGUGAAACAAUUCUCGAUGCUCAUAAAUUGCUGUUUGAAAACUGGAAAGCUUCGUCAGAUUUCAACGACUUUUCUUCGGAAGCAUUUUUCCAGUGGUGAUGAAUGGAAAUUAAGUUGAAAAGUGUCUUUGACGUGUUAGUUGUUUGACAGCUAACUUCUUUUAGAUUCUUCAACUCGUGAACUCGUUUCAAUUUAUAUCUUCAAUUCCUGUUCCAUUUAUGAAGGUACCCUUGUAGAAACCGGUCCACUUUUCAAUGCAGCGAAGAAAAUAAAGGAAGACAGCAGAGCGCGAACGGGUUCUACCUCCAUUUUUCAUUAUUUUGUACUCCUGCUUUUUAUUCUAAUCGGACAUGAAAUGCGCCACACUUCGGAAAUGACCUUGUCUAUUCCGCGCAUUUGAGUUCUCCGAUGUUGGUCAGUUGCGUUCCGACUGUUCGUGGAGUUGGACCGACAAGGGUGCUGAUUUACCUGACUUGAUAUCUGUGGAAAAACGUUAAUUUAAAGCGAGUUUUGCGCAUCGUUUGCGUUGUUUCUAUUCUUUGAAGUGACGUAGUGUCCUUUUUUCUCGUACGUUUUGCGUUCGUAUCUCUUCUCUGGAGCUUCGAAAAGUUACUUUUUACUCCGCAAUCCGACGUUCUCCUGUUCAAAAAAUUGGUUUCCAGCGAGUUUUGCGCAUCGUUCAGAUUCCGAAAUAUGACGUCGCUGCUGAACUUCUUCGAAAGGAACGUGUCCAGUUAAUGUCUCGUCCAUUUUAGGUUUAUGUACUCUAUAAUCUGAUUUUCUCCUGUUGAAAAAAAAAAAGGAUUUUAAGCCAG